CCGCUCUCUAUGGCCAUGCUUACCUGGAGCAUAGCUUUAAUUGUUACCAGCGCUGCAGUUGCGCGCGCGUACAACAAUGGGCUCGCGCUCACACCUCAGAUGGGAUGGAAUACUUGGAACCACUUUGGUUGCGACAUCAGCGAAGACACCAUCGUCAGCGCCGCCCAAGCGUUCGUGAGCUAUAAUCUGACACAGUACGGGUACGAAUAUAUAAUCAUGGACGAUUGUUGGCAAGCGCCCGCUCGUGACAAUUCCACUGGCGCGCCCGUCGCGGAUCCGCAAAAGUUCCCGAAUGGCAUCAAGGAUCUCGCCGACAAGAUCCACGACAUGGGUCUUAAGUUCGGAAUCUACAGCUCGGCGGGAUUAUAUACGUGUGGCGGACGGUUUGGCUCGCUUGACUUCGAGGUGAUUGAUGCUCAAACGUACGCAUCAUGGGGCGUCGACUACCUCAAAUAUGACAACUGCUAUAACGAGGGUCGCGCAGGCACCCCGCAAAUCUCCUUUGAACGAUUCAACAACAUGAGUCAAGCGCUCAAUGCUACUGGGCGACCGAUCCUGUACUCGAUGUGCAACUGGGGCGAAGAUGGACCAUGGAAUUUCGCUGUUACCAUAGCGAACAGUUGGCGCAUCUCCGGAGAUAUCAUGGACAGCUUUGACCGGUUUGACGACCGAUGCCCGUGUACUUCCGUCCUUGACUGCAAGCUGCCCGGCUUCCACUGCGCUAUGGCGCGGAUCAUAGACUUCGCCGCGCCCAUCGGACAGAAGGCCGGUCCCGGGAAAUGGAACGAUCUCGAUAUGCUCGAAGUCGGGAAUGGUGGCAUGACGUUCGACGAAUACGUCACGCACUUCUCCAUGUGGUCUAUUCUCAAGAGCCCCUUGAUUCUCGGCAAUGAUGUCACUAACAUGACAAAUGAAACCCUAUCCAUCAUCACCAAUGAGGCGUUGAUCGCGGUGAACCAAGACCCGAACGGAUCUCCUGCAUCACGUCAGACAAAUACCGCCGUCGACGGUGGUAGUAUCUCGCUUUGGCAAGGCAGCCUCGUGAACGACGCAUUCGUCGUUGCCGUAUUGAACACAUCACCCAACAACCAGACGACGACCAUCCAGAUGUCGGACGUGUUCUUCGACCAGGGAUCGGUUGCUGGGAGCGAGCCUUGGGAGUUCUUCGACCUAUGGCAAAAAGAUGAUGCGGGCACGUGGGGUAAGAGCAUAGGCACCGUCCAGGGCUCUCUGGAAGUCGACAUUGGCCCUCAUUCCGUCAAAGUAUGGAGGGCCAUUCCUCAGUCCAGCGCCACAAAGAGAUUUGUGGAGGAAUUGUGAUGCUCACAGGCUCACGGAUUCCCUUCGCGCUCAGCGGCUUGGCUUCGAUUCUCCGAGUGUGUUACGCUGUAUAUGCGCUGCUGCGCUCAUAGCCUCAGUCACUCUAGUGUGGAAUAGUCGUGCUGCGAGAGUGUAUUCGAUACGAAAUGUUAACGUUUCA